UCUGACUCUGUCUAGUCUUUGUCAUCAAUUUCUCACCGUCAUGUCCUGCACUGCAGAUCUUCGGCUCAGAGAAAUCCGGGCAUGCUGCACCGCUUGAGCAUCCUGUGGACUGGUGUCCCAUGCAGCUGAUUGCAUGGCUUGGUUGGACAAAUUGUCGCAAUUCUCAAGCUUUGAUUUCAGCGCUGUAGGUGCUCAACUUGGUUAUGAGCCUGGGGCCCCGACAUCACCGAAAACCAGGAGUCCAGCACCUCCAGAAGAGGGUAAGGAAUGGCCUGGCCAAUCAUGGGCCAUUUCUAGUUUGCUGGAUUUGAACAAAGUCGGAGCCCAGUUGGGUGUGCAAGCUGCACCCAAAGCAGAGGCGCAUCAUGCUUCAACAGAAGCUAAGCAAGACUCUGGCAGCGUCAUUGCGCCAUUUUCUGGCUUGUUUGAUUUCGGCGCGAUUGGUGCUCAGCUCGGUAUUCAAUCCUCCCCAACAGACAGUCAAACCACUGGUGCGCUUGGCACAAAGCCACACACCGCAGAAGCUUUGCCAUCAGAGAGUGAGGCUUCCAGGAAACCUGCAUUUUCUGGUUUGUUUGGCGGAGCACCCAGAGCGGAAGAGAGCAUCGACUUCGAGGGUGCCCAGGAGGAUGGCAUUGAUGCUCCAGGAGAAGUUCUUGCUGAUGGCGGUGAAGCACUGGAAGAAAGUCACGAAGAACAGGCAGGGCCGGCAGGGCAGGCAGUGCAAAAGCAAAGUGCAGUCAAGACAAUCGGAUCAAUCGGGCCUCAGAUGAAUCUUGAUGGUGAAGAAGCCAUAGAUGCACAUGCCGUUGACCCAUGGGAUCCUGCAGAAGCAGAGGGGGCAGGAGCACCACUCGAAUCGCACAGUCUCUAUUUGACUAGGGAGGACCUCAUCUCUCAUUGGGCACCAUUUUCAUCAUACUUCCACCCAGGCAUGCAAGUUGCCAUUGCACCAUCCCCAGAGCCGCAAGCUGCUGUAGAAGCAAAGGUGCCGACCCCGGAAGGUUUCCUGGUGGUUUCUGUCCAGCAUAAAGAGUCAGUUGCCGAUCCGACGGACAUUUCCGUCGGCAGGUACUUCUACUUCGAUGCAUCUCCUUUUCCUACGUUUCAGUUUUCCACAUACUCAUGUUUUACAGAGCAAUGGCGUCAAGGAGAGUUGAUUUGGAGUGGGCAGGUGCAACUCAGUUUGGGAGCAUAUGGUUCCGUCGAUCUGCCUGAGAUAGCCAGCCCAGCUGCAGGACGCAAAGGUCGGGAAGAAUCCCAACCAGGAGAUUUCGAAGUUGGUGACCUGAUAUUCGUUGUUGGCUUUCAUCGCGAUCUCGCCAACACCAAUGGAAGGCAUGUAGACUUUGAUCAUAAUUUGCAUUUCUAUCAGGCCGCUUGCGUGGGAAGCAGGCUUCCGUUUAAUCAGGCCUCGGCGCUGUAUGCUGAUGACCUUGCAGACCUUGGUCAGCCUGUUCCACUUGGGAUUGAGGUUGAUGAACACGAGCUUGCAGCUGUGAGGCCUGUAGUGGUAGCUGUAGCACCAGCAGUUGCCAAAGCCAAUGCUAAUACAAUCCUGCAAUCAGUUGCACACACUACAGACCUAUCAGCAGACAGCUUCGCAUUGAGUCAAGACAUUCCGAAUGAGGGAGGAGCUGGCAAAAUAAACUUAAGUGCUGCUUGGGCUGCUCGUCGAAAAGAGUUCCUACGCGCUGGGCUGAAGAGUCUUGAAAGAAGAGCGCAAGAAAACGAAUACAUCUAGCAAUGCAUCUAGGAUCCCGCAGGAACCACUGCGAAAGCAUGGUCCGGAGGAUUUUGACAGCUGGCCACAAAGUGGCGCAAGUGUCAUAUCAGGUGCUUGGGACUAGACUUGUUGAGAAAAAGGCUUUGGUGUGAGCACAUAGCUGACGGCAUGUUGAGAAUGAGAAUUUGUGGCAGACUGUGCUGGGGCAGGGGGCGUCCAUGGGGGAUCA